ACGAGUCCUACAUUUGAUAUGUGAUUAAUUAAGGUUAUGUGUUUAUCCAUUUGUCUAAUGUCAGUGGUAUUUUUGUUCAUGGAUAUUGUUAUUAGUCAUCAGCUAUUUUGUUAAUUUUAAUUAAAGUUCUGAUAGUUGAGAAUGCGAAAUGUCUAUACUUGCUCUUCAGGAGAAUGCCAAAAAGGCAAUGCAACAAUUGUCCUAUUUCACUAACGAAGAAUUAGACGAAGUACUAAACAAUGAUGAGAAGCUUUUGGAGAUUAUUGGAAAUAUGGAAAAUUCCUGUCUAAAAAGUUUAGAAGAGGAAAAGGAAAAAAUUAUAGAGCAGAACAAGUCUUUGGCAGAAUUAAACCUGUCCAAAGAGCCAGAAUUGGUGGAAGGAAGGGAAAAAUUGAACUCCUUAUAUGAUGAAGUUGAAAGAUUGACGAAAGGGUUAGAUGACAAAACUACAGAGCUCAGAAGCAAAGGAGGCGACAUUUCCUUAGAAACAGCGCUUGCUUUACUGCAAACAGCAGCCAGUGAAAUGGAGGAGGAAUCAGAUCAAUGUGCGAAAAGGUUCUUAGAUAAUGAGAUUGAACUUGAUAGUUUUCUGGACGAGUUUCAAACAAAACGAAAAUUGAUGCAUACCCGAUUAGUCAAAGCGGACAAAUUGGCUAAAAUAUUGCAAAGAGGUGAUCCAUCCAUAGGGCUGGGAAUGCCCAAUUAUAUAAAUGCGCCUCCAGUUAAUAUAAAUAGAGGAUUCUUUCCGGGGGUAGUUUCUCCAGGUUCUCCGCCAGUGGGUGGCGUGCCUUAUCCAACCGGGCCUCUGAAUAUGCCUUUACCUCCUCUUGGAAUGAACUUUCCUCAGAAUCAUUAUUGAAAAAUUCUAUAUUAAACAACUUUUCAUUUUUAUCGCGCAAAAUAAAGUGUCUAAAAAACUGAUUAAAGGGACUAGAGAUAAGUCGUUGCUUAUGUACUGUAGAGCAAUGUAAAUCGAAUAGUUGUGAAGAAAAUUUGAUCAGCAUAUUUUGGACACUGCGCGUUUGUUAUUGAAUGCAUAUUUUUAUGAAAGAGAUUUACCUACUUUAUAGAAUCACUAUGAAUAAAUUGUAGAUAAUAUUCAAUUAACAUUAUUCACUUAGAAGCCAUGUUAGGAUAUAUGUUCCGUAUUAAAAAGUAAAAUAGAUUUUAAUGUUGGUUGCAUAACUUCAAACAAUAAUAUAUGCAUAUGUAACAUUUGUUGGUAUUUUGUAAAUUCUUGCCUGUGAUUUCACUAAAAUCCUAUUUUCACUUUUCUACAUGAAUCAUUUUAAAUCGGCAACUUGAAAAUAAGAACUAAUUAGCAAUUAAAUCAAAUUAGUCCUAAACAAAUAUUUAUUUACAGAAUUAAUAUAGUACAUUACACAGUC